AUGAAUUCCGAGGCAAGAAAAAAAUCCUGCAGCCUCUUGAUGUUCGACGUCAAAAAAACCUAUGAGAGUAAGACCACAACCCCCAUCCGGAAUGACAAUAAUACAUCAAAGCUACAUAAUGUGUUGACGGGUAAAACAGUCCGAGGUGACUGCCAUAGGGCAAACAAGUCCAAUGCCAUGAUCUCUAAAAUUCUAUCAAGAUUAUGGAAAAAUGAAAAUGAGGAGGUAAAAUUGUAUUGGCGCAAAUUAGCCGAUAAAAAAAAAGUUGAGCAUAUGGAAGCGUAUCCCGAAUACGUGUACCGUCCCAAAAAAACCAAAAUCAAUAAUAUAAAGAAACGUCGCAAAUCCGACUCUAUUGAGUCUAAUCUUUCUGCUCGCAAAACCAUCACCCCAACACCUACCGCCACGCUCAUCUCUCCUCAAAUUCCUUCUCCCACACCACCACAAUUAACAGAAAUUUAUCAUAACACAACAACAGUAGAAGAAUUGCCUCUUCAUAAUGAUCUUUUGUGGAACUUGCAUGCUCCGCAAUAUAAUGGAACCAUUCGCAUUUCAACUCAAAAUAUCCGAGAACUUUCCGAACAAUUAUUUCACGGAUGA